CGUUUUCUUAGAUUCGCCGACGAGUUGCGGAAAAGCCUGGCCGGAGGGACGGACGUGAAGACCGACGAGGAGCAGUACGCACCAAAGUAUGAAGAGAGCAAAUUCGGCGAGAAGCUAUUCGGGCAGGUGAUGCGCCCGCUCGAGCAACGGCUGAAGAAA